AUGUCGUUAUCUGAUGAUUCUUUCACAAAGACAAAGAGAAAAUACUCCGAUUAUGAAAAAGAUUAUAAAGAAGAAGAUGAUGCUGAUGAUGAAUUAAUUUAUGAUCGUUUUGAUAAGAAACGUAAAGGUGAAGAAGAAUUAAUUGCAACAAUUGGUAUUUCGAGUGUUUCUCAUCAAUUUAGAAGAGUUUGGAAAGAAACUCCGAAUGGAAUUGUUUACAAUAUGAUUAUUCAAUUGAACUAUUCCUUUAAGAAACGUUCCUGUUCCUUGGAUGAUAGAAUUCAAGUGGCCAAUUUUUCCAAAUCGGCAAUAAUAGGAGCUUUCAUUCAGGGAGAAUCAUCAGAAAAGAUUCUUUCAAAGACAGAACGUUUUGUUGAUGAAUUAAGCAAAAUUAAGGAUAAAUCUGAAAAUUUCACAAAUGCCAUUUCAAGAAUUGACAGAUUUGAUUAUGGACAAGAUGACAAAAUGUAUUAUGGAGCUUCCCUUCGUAGAGCUGCUGGUUUUGAAAUAUCCUUUGCUUUCAAUUUUACAAUAAAAAAAAUGUCAGCACAAGAAAGUGAAGAAACAUCAAACUCAUGCUACUCUUCAGAUGAUGAAGAACAGAGUCAGGGAACAAAGAGAAAGCUUGAUGAUGAUGAUUUUAUUUCCAAAAACAAGAAACAAAAACAAACAAUUAUUGGAGUGCAAACUCUCGGACAAAUGCCAGACGAAAUUAUUGAACAAAUAUUCGAUUUUAUUCCGAACAGAUAUUCGGCAAUUCGUGUUUCUGGUGUUUCUCAACAAUUUAGAAGAGUUUGGAAGAAGACUACUUUUGGAAUCGUUUACAAUAUGAUUAUUGAACUAAACUAUUCUUUUGUGAAACAUUCGUAUUCUUUGGAUAAACAAAUUGGAAUUGGCCGAAUUGUUAAAGAAGAGAUCAAUCAACUGUUUGCUGAAAAAGAAGAUGAAAAGCAAGAUUUAUUUUAUGAACAACAGGCUGAUCUUUUAAUUGAAGAAUUGAGGAAAAAAGAAAACAUGUCAGAAAACUUUACAAAAGCACUUUCAGAGAUUACAAGAUUUGAUUAUGGAGAAGAGAGGGAUGUGCCUAAUGGAGUAUGUAUGGGAGUGAGUAAGGGAAUGGAGAUUGAAUUUGGAGAUCUAGGGAUGAUUAGAUUUUGGAAAUGGGAUCAAAUCUAUGUUAAACAUGGAGACUCUAUAGAAUCUGGCAUAAUGUCGGAAAGUUUACUUGAUUUGAAUUUGACAGAGGAGGAAUGGAAUAUCAUUAUUGAAACUGCAGGUAGUAAAGCAGAUCUGUGGCUUAGAUAUAAAAACUUUGAGCACCACAAUGAAGUGGGCUCAAUAUUUGAGGAUCAUUUGUUAGAAAUUUCAAGUGAGCUUUGGUGA